UGGCCUCAGUACACCACCACUCUUCAAAGCAAAGCUGUGCGUACUAUGAGUCUAUAACACCUUUUUUUUGCUUUCUCAAUUAGUGGUCAUCGAUCUUUGUGGUAGUAUAGCGUGUGUCUGAGUACUAAAUAGAGAGCAAUGUCAUCGAUUUUGAGAGACAAUAGGAGAGCAGGCAAUGCACUUGUACGCAGAAUGGUAAGCCUUCCAAGGAACAUUAUAGGUGGAUUUUCAAGAGCAAUGGGUCAUGGUAGAGACCUCAUGGGAAUAGGAGGAAGAAGAAAUCAACAUGUACCAUCAAACUAUCAACUGCAACAUCCAGAGGAGCAAAUUAGUACUACUGUUCCAGAAGAGUGGGCAUUUCUAACCAGUUUUGAAGAUCAAUAUGGUUCCAACCAUCCAUUUUUCUAUGCUUGUCAGUUCAUGGAAGCCCUGAAGAUAGCAGAGGAUGAUCAAAAGUUUAUGUUCGUGUACCUUCAUGCACCAGAGCACCCUUUCACUCCCUCUUUCUGUAGGGACACUUUGUGUUCAGAACUGGUGGUACAGUUUCUUGAUGCUAAUUUUGUUUGCUGGGGAGCACUGGCUAAUAGAGAAGAAGGCUUGCAAAUGGCUACAAUAUUGAGGCCUGCCAGUUUCCCAUUCUGUGCUGUGAUAGCUCCUGCCCCUGGUGAUAGCAUAGCAGUGCUGCAACAGAUGGAAGGGCCAAUUUCCCCUGCUGAACUGGUGGAGAUUCUGCAGAGGACAAUGGAGGAGAAAGGGUUGGCUUUUGGAAGUGCAAGGGCCAAGCAGGAAGAAAAGAUAAGAGCGGAUCGUCGCCUCAGAGAAGAACAAGAUGCAGCAUAUCUUGCAUCUCUUCAGAUAGACAAGGAAAAGGAAAGAUUCAAGAACUUGCUUUCAGGAGAGAGAAUUCAGAAACCAGUAGAAGCUCCUUCUAAUAAACCAAAUUAUGAUAAGCUUAGGAACAGUCAAAAACAGUAUGUUCAAGUCAAAGAGGGUGCCAUUACCAAAGAAACUCAAUACAAAGAAGGAGCAAAUAGGGGAACGAAUCCUCAAGCUACCCAGAUUUUGAUAAGGUUUCCAAAUGGUGAAAGAAGAGAGCAAAGCUUCGCAAGCACAGACAAGGUCCAGUCAAUAUACAGAUACAUAGAUUCAUUAGGCCUCCCUGGUAUUGGAAACUACAGAUUGAUAUCAAGCUUCCCUAGAAAAGUCUAUGGUGUUGAUCAGAUGGGAAUGACUCUCAAAGACAGUGGCCUCCAUCCUAGAGCAAGCCUGUUCUUGGAGGCUAUGUGACAUUAGUCAUUGGACACAUGCGCAUACAUGCCCACAUAUUCAAAUGUAUGAAAAUUCCAGGAACACAUCCAAUGUAUCUUUCUUUUUUUAUUCAGAAAAAGAAAAUAAGUGUAUCUUUUUAUUUAUUAUACAAUGUGCUUUAAUGUCUAAA